AUGACGUUAAUUUUAAAUACGUGUUCUUUUAUUCUCUACAUGGGUAUCAACCGAUCUACGAUUUUUGAGUUCAAUAAAACCUGCAACAAUAUAGAUUGUUCGGCCGUCCUGCCUACGCCCAUGGUGUUAACGGCGGAGAUAUCCAGGGCCACUUCCGUCCAUAAAAGCUCGAAAUUCGGGGCGACAUCGCGCCGCACCACACUCGCGCCUCAAUUAGAGGAAGUGCGCAUCCGGUGUUUAAUUAACAUAAAGUCGCCGAUCACGGCCGACACUUGCUACGGCGACAGUUAA